GUGACACUACUGUUUCUCCGUGGAGACCAGCUAGGAUCGAGGCUAGCACAUGCUAGCUUCAACAUGUCUUCCAAGAUGAACAACACCGCUGGAGGAAUUCACAUUCUCCUCUUGAAGCUUCACGGAUGUUUGGAAGACGAAGAUAGACAACGUGCGUCUUUAGAAUGUCGGCAAUGGGUGGAAGAUUUGGGAGAAACUUGCAUGAUGACAGCAGCCGACAACCAACUUGUUCUGCAGACAUCCUUGCUGUUUGCUACAGACAUUGGUCUUCUCAGCUUCCUGAAGAAAUCUUUGACACAACAAGAGCAGCUCUCCGAUGCCAGAUUGAAGACUUUGUGUUUUCUCAUUAACUUUCUGGAAAAGCUUUCUCCAAGGGUCAAAGGUUGGGAAAAGACGUACGCUGUCGACAUCAAAAACACAUGUUUGACGGUGUACACAAAGGACAAAACAGCCAAAUGUAGAACUGCACUACUGGAGCUGCUUAUCAAGGUUCUCCUUAAAACGAAAGAUUCUACUGUGGCUUCAGAGUUAAGAAUUUGUGAAAUAUUCACAAAAUUUUACAGCGAGCUUUAUCAAAAGAGCAAACUUCCUGACUCAGUCCUUGGCACCAUCUAUGAAUUGUUAGGAGUUGUUGCAGAGGUUCACCCCAGUGAGAUGGUCAACAACUCUGACAAACUCUACAAAGCCUAUCAAGGGGAGCUGAAGGAACAGAUGACGUCCACAACAAAGGAGCCCAAACGGAUGGUAAUUGCUGGAUGUUUGAAAGGAGUCACUGCUCUCAUGGUCAACUUCCCUAAAACAAUGGAGGAAGAUCCAACCACAUCCAAGGAAAUAUUUCAAUUCACCUUAAAGGCAAUUAAUCCCCAGGUGGAAAUGCAACGCUAUGCCAUUACUUUUGCCGGCCUUAGAUUGUUUGCCAGGCACGCGUCUCAAUUCAGCAGCUGCCUCAUUGAACACUACAGGGAGCUGUUUGACGCCAUGUCCAAGCUCUGUGGUCACAUUAACAACGAGAUGAAAAAGACGAGCUACUAUGCACUGGAAUCCUUCCUCAAACAUGUGUCAAUGCUCGUGGCAGAAAAUAUCGAGGAGCAUAAGAGCAAGUUGAAGUUCUUUAUGCAAAAGUUCUGCAGCAUCAUUAAGACUAUGGACUCAACCCACAAAGAACUCUCCAUCGCUAUACGAGGAUAUGGAUUCUUUGCAGCUGCAUGCAAGAAAGUUUGUUCACAAGAUGUGGACUUGAUGUAUACCGAGCUGAUUCAACGCUGUAAACAAAUGUACCUCACGGAGUCUGAGGGGGAGGAUGAAAGCUUCUACCAACUACCCAGCUUUUUGGACUCAAUAGCAAGUGUCCUCAUUCACCUGGACAAGGUUCCAGAGGUAUACACUCCACUACUGGAGCGCCUCCUUGUGGUGCAGAUUGACCGCUUCCCUUUGUACAGUGACAGGAUGCAGAUGACUUGCAGCAGGUUCAUCAUUAAAGUAAUGCUGGCUGUGGCAUCUAAAGGACCCAUUCUGUGGCCCUUCCUUAGCUCUGUUGUGCACCAAGGUCUGAUCCGAGUUUGUUCUAAACCCAUCAUGAUGGCUGAGGGCAAAGAUGUUGAAAAUAGUCCUGCUGAGUCAUCGGAGGUUGGUGUUGGAAAGUGGAAGGUUCCGUCCAGCAAGAACUAUAUUGCCCUCUACAAAAGCCUGCUUGACUGCGAUCAGUUGAAGGAUUCAGGAUUUUUGGACGGAGCUUUUGAAAGCCAAAAUGCUGCUGUGGUGUCUUUAAGUCGCAUUCUUUAUGAUGAGUUUGUCAAGGUGCUUCUUCGUAUCGUUGAUAAAUUGGACUUGACUGUGCAGAAAGUCACACCAGGAGAGGAAGCUGCAGAUGAUGUAACGCAUGUUGUGCCAUCAUCAGACCCUACUACUCACCUUUUGCCUAACAAGAUGAAGGACUUCACUGCGUUCAUAAAUUUGGUUGACUUCUGCAGUGAAGUUUUGCUUUCCAAGCAUGUGGAAUAUUUCCAGACGUGGAUGUAUCCCUUCAGCCACCAACUCAUCUUGCACUCCAUUCGAAAUCCUCUCGUCAGCGGUUUUUACAAGUUGCUCUCUGUCACCAUGAACAUUGCUAAGAAAAUCAAGUAUUAUCAGGGAGUCGGUUUGAGCAGCUCUACUUCCCCUCAAUGUGAUGCCGUGAAAAGUGCUUGCUUUGCUCUAUUGUCAAAGUUUGGAAAAGAGGUCUGUGUGAGAAUGAAGCAGUACAAAGAUGAGCUGUUGGCAUCCUGCUUGACAUUUGUCCUCUCGCUGCACCACAACAUUGUUGCUGUGGACAUCAAGGCUUAUUGUCCUGCUCUGGAGGCUGCGCUGAAGUUGGGUCUUAGCCACGUACCUUUGGCUAAUGCAGCCCUAGAUGCUCUGGAAGAUUGGUCCAGACACAUCCCUUUGGACACCAUGCAGCCUUGUUACAAGCUCAUCCUGCCUCUUCUGGAUGGAUACCUCAAAAGCAACACCAGUGACAACAAAGAGGAAAGCGUCUGGGAGGUCAUGUCCGCUACUUCCUCAAAGAGCAAGAUAGGAUACAGCCGAGUAAUGACAAGGCUCCUGAAAAAGUCCAAUCAGUUCGUCAUGGAAGAUUCUCCCGUUGCCAUGGUGAGGCUCAGGGUGGUCAAGUUGCUGGGUCACCUGGGAGGGAAGCUCAACAGAAACCUUCUCGCAGGGGUCUCGUCGGAGGAGAUGAUGAAGAAGUUUGUUGCCUGGGAUACAGAGAAAAGGCUCAGUUUUGCUGUGCCGUUCACCGACAUGAAGCCUGUCAUCUAUCUUGACCCCUUUCUGCCUCGGAUCAGUGAACUGGCUCUAACCACAAGUGACAGACCUACCAAAGUUGCAGCUUGUGAGCUGCUCCACAGCUUGGUGCUCUAUAUAGUUGGGAAGAGCGCUCAGAUGGUGGAAGGACAGAAUCGUCUUCCGCCUAUGUACAAACUGCACAACAGACUGUUUCCUGUACUGCUGCGUCUGGCCUGCGAUGUUGAUCAGGUAACCAGACAGCUCUUUGAGCCGCUAGUAAUGCAACUGAUCCACUGGUUUACAAAUGGGAAGAAGUUUGAAAGUCAAGAUACAGUCGCUAUUCUUGAAGCCAUUCUGGAUGGUGUGGUUGACCCAAAAGACAGCACUCUCAGAGACUUUUGUGGCCGCUGCAUUGAAGAGUUUGUAAAAUGGUCGAUAAAACAAAGCAGCCCCAAGCAGCAGGAGAAGAGCCCUACAAACAUGAAAUCGCUGUUCAAGCGCAUCUACAGCUUGGCUCUACAUCCCAAUGGCUUCAAAAGACUGGGUGCAGCCUUAGCCUUCAAUAGCAUCUAUAGGCAAUUCAGAGAGGAAAGUUCCUUGGUGGAGCAGUUUGUCUUUGAAGUGCUUGUCAUAUUCGUGGAAAGUCUCGCUCUUGCCCACUCAGAUGAACGAUCAAUGGGAACGCUGCAGCAGUGUAUCAGUGCCCUUGACCACCUAAAACGUAUCAUCAAGUACAAAGCACUUGUUCUCAAUCAGCACAAUGCCAAGAGGCGCAUUCCAAGGGGAUUUCCAUCUGAUGGAAAGUUGUGUCUGUCAGACAUGGUUUUAUGGCUGUUGGAGCAAUGCGGUCGACCUCAGACCGAGUGUCGCCAUAAAUGCUUGGAGCUCUUUUAUGAGUUUGUCCCUCUCCUUCCAGGCAAGAGGUCACCUUCACAAUGGUUGGAAACCAUGCUGAAGGACAGCGGUAUGAGUUUCCUGGUCUCAAGGUUUGAAGGAGGAGGUUUGCUUGGUCAGCCUACUCUCAGGGAACUGACAGGCCCUUUCAGCACAAGAGCCGCCCUGCAGUGGAUGGAUCUUCUCCUGGCUUCUCUGGACUGUUACAACACCUUCAUUAGUUUGCAUACAAUCAGACCUAAUCAAAUGCUUAGUUUCAGGGAUGAAUCGACUUUCUUGCCCUCUGUACGUUUCUUUUUGAUGGAGCUUGCAAAAGAAGGGCUCGCUGUAGCAGAGACUUGCUUCCGUGUGAGCCACAGGAACUCUCCCUUCAGUCCAAUUGAAGUGGACCAGUACAACUACAGCAAGUGCACCAUUGUUGUUCGUCUGUUGGAGUUUGCUACCAUGCUUCUGGUCAAAGGAGGCCAGGACUUUUGCCAGCUCCUAGAACAAGAUUUUUUUUGCUCACAUUUCUUUGAGCUUACUGCCAUGGUGGUGUGUGAGCCAUCCUCCGUCGGAUUCAACAUGGCAGAUGUGGAAGUAAUGAAGAACUUACCAAACGUGUGUGUCCCUCUGCUCAAGGCCCUGCUAACCUCACCUUACCGUGCAAGUCUGGAACCUUGCUUGAAUACUACAAUUUCACACAAAAGUGUUGAUGCACUUUGUGCUUUCGACUUCUACCAGUCGGGACGCAAUGGACGACUGGAAGUGCUUCUGUCUACUUGUAAGCAGCUCCACAAAGCUGGAUUCCUCCUCUCCAUUCUGCAGAGUCAGGAAAGUGCGAAGUCGCUGGGCUCACGACUUCUCAUGGGCGUGUAUAACAGCAUAGCACCAGCUGAUAAGAAGUCACUUCCAUCCUUUGAUGUAAACACCAAGAAUCUUGCUGAUGGUCUGCUGCAGCUUGCCUUUUCUCUCACUCCACUGGCAGAGCAGCUACUGGACAUUCUGCUCACUGGAAGUCACUGCCAAAGCUUCCUAAGCGUUUCUCAUUCAGAGUACUUCUACAGCCUCUUCCCCAUGCCCAUCAACAGCGAGCUGCUCAAAAACCUGAAAACUGCUGUACCUCGCCUUAUGACAGCUGCCUCUCUCAAUCCAAGCAUGGUCAGUAUGCUGCUGAAUGGCAUCUUAGACCACAGCUUUCAGGAGCGUUCAUGCAGGAAAAGCGUGGGAAAAGAGUUGGUGGAAGAGGUGCUGCAAAGAUGGAGUAACCUGCAGUCAUGGUGGAGCGGACACGCUUCUAAUGCAGAUGGCAAAACUGCGACACUAAUGUUGCUCUCCAAACUCCUGCAGAUUGACACUUCUGUGUGCAACAACGUCAACAGUGAAGGAUUUAAAGCGGUGUUUUCCACUUUUACUUCACUGAUGGUCGACAUGAGUUUACCACUCAACCUGAAGAGUCAAGCCUUGGCGCUGCUGCCUUUCUUCACGUGCAUCCCAGAGGAGCCGUUGGCUGAGCUGCAGGGAGCACUUCAAUCUCUGGUGGCGUCUCACUUUCCAAUGCAAUCUGAUGAGUUUGCAAAGGGCUCUCUUCAGCGCAAUAAUUACAUGGACUGCAUCAGGAAGCUGCUGGAUGCCUUGGAGGUUUCUCAAAGCCCGCUUCUCCUCAAACUGCUUGCUGACAUUUUGUGUCGGGAGAGAAAGCACAUCAUGGAGGAACAAUUUCACACCUGCUUCGAGAGAAUUUCUAAACGGCCCAGCAGUGAGCGACAGCUGCAGUUGGUGUGCACAGUUUACAAGGUUAUCCAACAGGGUGACGUGCUUCAGGCCAUGAUGGACAGAGUUCUGCUGCCUCUCGUCUCUUACUGUAGCACCAAGACACUCAUUGACUUUUUUGUGGCAAAUGUUACCGAGAUAAUGGCGUCGCUGUUAAGUCGUUUCACCAAGUCAAGUGAAUCAGCAUUUAAGACGCAGUUGCUGAAGAAGAACGGCUGCUGCAAGCUGAUGGAGCUGUUAUAUUCUCGGCUUCCCAAAGAAGAAGUAUAUUCUAAGGAAUCUCUCAUCAAUAAGGCCUACUGUGGUUUAAACAAAACGGAGGGAAACGAGCUGUCAAAGGCGCUGAUCAAGUUCUGCUUUGAAGCCUUUACAGAGAAUAUGACUGGUGAGACUCAGCUCCUGGAGCUCAGAAGACAGUACCACUGUGCUGCAUACAACUGUGCCAUUGCGGUCAUCAGCUGCAGCUUCAAUGAGCCCAAAUUCUACUAUGGCUUCCUCUUCAGUGACAAACCAGAGAAGAACCAGUUCAUUUUGGAAAAUAUCAUAGACGUUGAAAGGACCUACACCUUCCCGAUUGAAAUAGAGGUCCCACUUGAGAGAAAGAAAAAAUAUACUAGGAUUCGACAAGAAGUGAGCGCGGAAAAUAGAGGGGCUCCAGUAUAUUUGUCCUCACAGUCAUACAUGGCAGACAGCAGUUUGAGUGAAGAAAUGAGUCAGUUUGAUUUCUCUACUGGCGUUCAAAGCUUUUCCUUCAGCUCCCAACAGCCUGAAAGAGAGAGACGUGUCCGAACAAAGACUCAGACAGAUGAGGCCGCUUCCUCCGAUGCAACAGUGGACCUGGAAAUGGAUGAGUUAAAUCAGCACGAAUGCAUGGCAGCCAUGACAGCUCUCAUUGGUCACAUGCAGCGGAGCAAUAUAACUCCCAAAAUUGAGCAGGGAAAUGUGCCGAGUGAACUGCCUCCAUGGAUGAAAUUCCUACAUGGAAAACUGAUGAAUCCAUCUACGCCCUUAAAUAUCCGACUCUUCGUUUCCAAACUCAUCAUCAAUGCAGAGGAGAUAUUUCGUCCUUACGCCAAGCACUGGCUAGGCCCGCUCCUGCAGCUUGUGUGUGGACGUAAUGGAGGAGAGGGAAUUCACUUCAUGGUGGUGGACAUUGUGAUCACUGUGCUCUCUUGGACAAGCCUGGCAAAACCAAAGGAGAACCCCAGAGAUGAAAUUCUUGCCAACCGACUGCUGGAGUUUUUGAUGAAGCACAGCUUUCACACCAAGAGAGCCGUAUUUCGCCACAACCUGGAGAUCAUUCGCACUCUUGUGGAGUGUUGGAAAGACUCUCUUCAUGUGCCUUACAGUGUAAUAUAUGAGCGCUUCUGUGGCACAGACCCAAACAGUGAAGACAACUCUAUUGGACUUCAGCUCCUUGGAAUUAUCCUGGCCAACAACCUGCCGGCUUAUGAUGCCUCCUGUGGGAUUGAUUAUAACAGAUACAUGCAGUCUCUCACCAACAACCUGGCCUUCGUAAAGUAUAAAGACGUCUACUCAGCUGCUGCUGAGGUGAUUGGCCUCAUCCUGAAGAACAUGACUGAAGAUGAUCAUCAUCACCAAGAACUUGUUCAUCUUGCUGCAAAUCAGAUCAGCAGUCUCAAGAAAAAAGAAAUUAAUGACAGGUUCAUUAUCUGCGUGAACAAAGUGUCCAAUCACUUUCCUCCUUUUAUGGAUAGAUUUGUCAAACACAUCUUCUACCAGCUUCCAAAGAUGCACGGCAUGUUAAGAAUCAACUGUCUGGAGUGUGUGUUGAGUCGCGCUGAUGUCAUCCCAGACAUCUUUUUGCAGCUUCAGACCACGGGCUUUAUUCAGAUGAUGGGUCAUAAGGAUGAAGCAAUACAGAGAGUGUGUCUGGACAUCGUCCACAAAAUUCUUGCACGCCUCACUCCGCCUCAGCUUCAGGAGUUACUCGGAACUGUGACGUCUUUUGUCUCCCACCCUUCACCAGUGUGCCGAGAGAGGAUGUAUGACAUCCUCAUGUGGAUCCAGGACAACUACAGUGAUGAAGAAAGCAUGAAAGACACCACUUCACUUGAAGUUUUAAAUGCAGCCAAAGAGACACUGCUUCAAGGAUUGUCUGAAGACAACCAAGGCCUCCAACUCUAUGUUUGCAAUUUCUGGAGCCAAGAGAAGCGCCUUCCCACCAUGACGCUAGAGCGAAUGUUGACAGUGCUGCAUUCACUGUACACUUGCAAAAUUGAGAGGAGCUUCUUAAGCCUGGCAACCAAUCUGUUGUUGGAAAUGACCAGUCUGAGCCCUGACUUCAAACGCAACAUGUUUGAGUAUCCUCUAUCAGAGUGCAACUUCCAGGAUUAUUUAAUUGAUUCCAACUGGCGCUUCAGGAGUACUGUAAUGACUCCAAUGUUUGCUGAAACCCAAAUGUCUCAAGGCCCUGAAAGUGUGGCAUCAUUCCAGUCGGGAACUCUGAAUGCAAAGCUGCGAGCGACUCAGACCACACUUGACUUCAGCCAAACACAAGCACCAAGUCAGCGCUCCGCAUUUAACUGGCUGACUGGCAGCAGCGUGGGCACACUGUCAGAGUAUUCUGUGUCUGAGUCGUCAUUGUUGGUGUUUGACAAGAGAGCAGCAAGACGAACAGUGGGUGAAGAUUUUGGUCGCAGGCGCCUCACUAUAUCAACGGAUGAGGUGGAUAGUAACACUAGAGCAGAGAACGAGAAACGUCAAAAAAUCCUUCAAUUAAGACGCAGAUUCCUCAAGGCCGAAGAGGAGAGUCUGUUUUUUGCACGAAAAGAAGUCCAAAAACAAAAACGACUGAAGGAAAAAAAAGCUGAUGAGAGGCUGCGAAAGGAGGCUCAGGUGACUUUGUAUCGGAACUACAGAGUAGGAGACUUUCCAGACAUACAAAUUCCUUAUAGCAAUCUCAUUGUUCCUCUUCAAGCAGUUGCACAGAGAGAUCCCAUUCUGGCCAAACACUUGUUCAGCUCCCUCUUUAGUGGCAUCCUGCAGGAAAUGGAAUCUCACAAAAGCAGACAGCAGGCAGCAGAAAUCAAAGAGGACCUUCGAUGCACCAUGAACAAAUUCCUGGGCAAGAGUACACUCUGCUUCCCACCAUUUAUAGCGUGUGUGCAAGACAUGUGCUACCAGCACGUGGACCUGCUGCACAUCGAUCCAGCACACAUCAGCUCCACCAGCAGUGCAAGUCUCCAGCAGCCGUCAGGUAUCCUGCUGUUGGAAGAAGGUCUGAUGCACACUAGCAUCCAGGAUGAACCACCCAGUAAAAGAUCAAGAGGACGACAAAAAAUACCUCCAGAUACCAACAAAUGGGUCCAUCUUGCAAGGCUUUACAGAGCGUUGGAAGAUUAUGAUGUUGUCCGGGGAAUCUUUGCUGGUAAAGUGGGGACCAAGUCAGUCACCAGUGCUGCUCUGCAAGCUGAAGCCAGUUCUGACUUUGCUCAAGCUGCUAAACUGUAUGAUGAGGCUCUGAACAAGAAAGAAUGGACUGACGGUGAACCUACUGACUCUGAGAAAGACUUCUGGGAAAUAGCGGCAAUGGAGGCCUACAGCCAUAUGAAUGACUGGACAUCGCUGCAGUAUUGUUCCACCGUGAACGUCGAUGAAAAUAACCCACCCAACCUUCAAAACAUGUGGCUGGAACCUUUCUACCAGGACAUGUAUCUGCCGCACAUGAUCCGGAGCAUGCUCAAGCAGCUGCAGCUGGGUGUGAGGGAUCAAAGUCUUCUCAGCUUCGUCGACCAAGCCAUGACGGUGGAGGAGCAUAAAAAGCUGCUGGAGAGUCAUUACAGCCAAGAACUCAGCUUGCUGUACAUCCUGCAGGAGGACUAUGACCGUGCAAAAUACUACUCUGACUACGCCAUGCAGCUCUUUAUGGAGAACUACGCUAGUGUGGAUACGUUACUAACUCAAAGCCGGCUAACUAUCCUGCAAUCAGUGCAGGCCUUGACGGAAGUCCAGGACUUCCUGCAGUUCAUCAGAGGAGAAGUGUCUGUGACGUCCCUCAAGCGCAUCAUCACUUUAUGGACUGAGCGCUAUCCUGAUGCUAAAGUUGAUCCAAUGAACGUGUGGGACGAUAUUAUUACAUCACGAUGUUUCUUCCUCGACAAAAUUAGGGACAAGCUUCAAAGCCAAGGAGACGCUGAUAGCAUGGAGGUGGAUGGCUCCGCCAUGGACGUCAGCACCCUAGUGAACGACUGCAAGUUCAGCAUGAAACUGCAGAUGGCUGAUAGUGCCAGGAAGCAGAAUAACUUUUGUGUUGCCACAAAGCUGCUGAAAGAGCUUCACCGAGAUGCCAAAACCAAGAGGAAGUGGUUUCUGCAGUGGGUCCACAGUUAUAGCUGUUACAGCCAUAAACGCAGCCAAUCACAGGGCCCUUUGGAGCAACUCAGUGUAAUGCUGAAGAUUGUUCCUCUUUUAGAGGACCUCCAGAUUGACUGUCAGAGUUCAACAUCUGAACUAUUCAGACAACAAAAGGUCCUCCAAGGAACAUCUUUUCACAUCAUGGCCACAGCUGUAAGCAGAAGUCCUUCAGUUCUGGAAACGAUUCAAGCUGACAAAGCAGCAAAAGUUGUUCAACUUUCAAGAAGUCCUUGGCCUGUUCAAGAUCUGAAGGAAGUGGAAGUGGGGUUACAGUUGCGAGCGCUGGAGUUGCUGAGUGAUGCCAGCAGGAGGGCUGACGAGGAACUGCAAACCUUUACACACCAAGACGUGCAAAGCAGCAGCAUUGUGGAAUCUUACAUGUGUUUGGCUGAUUUCUGUGACAAACUACUGCGACAACAAGACCAGGAGGACACCAAAAGUUCAUUCCCUGACCUGCUGGCACUGCCAGUUCAUGUGGUGCACAACAUGUUAAAAGCACUUAGACUGAACUCUGAGGAGGCUCGUCUAAAGUUUCCUCGUCUACUCCAAAUAAUUGAGUUAUAUCCCUCAGAGACACUGGACCUCAUGACUAAGGAGUUGGCGCUGGUCCCCUGCUGGAUGCUAAUUGGUUGGAUCAGUCAAAUGGUGGCCCUCUUAGACAAACGUGAAGCUGUGGCUGUGCAGCACUGCAUCCAGCAGAUAGCUGAAUGUUACCCUCAAGCUCUGGUUUACGCUCUUAUGAUAAGCAGCGAGAGUUUUCACUUUGAGGACUCAGCGACUGGACAUCAGCAGCAAGAAUUUGUCAACAGGAUUAAGAGCAUGCUGGAUAAAGGCGGAGCCGUGCAGAACUUUGUGGAUGCGCUUCAGCAGCUUACAAAUCCUGAUAUGAUUUUUAAGAACUGGUGGGAAAAUGUCAAAUACGAAUUGGAAAAAAACGACUUGGACAAAGAAAAAAUUAAGAACAUGUACAACGAGAUGUACUCUGUAUUGGGGGAUUGCACGAAAGACGGCUAUGGGACAUUUCGCAAGAAAUUCAUCCAGAAAUUUGCUAAAGAUGUGCAGAGAUUGCUGGGAGAAAAUGGCACCCAGCUGUUUGCAAAAAGGAGAGACAGAAGCUUUUUGAGUAAGGUGGAUGAGUUAAUCGCAUCUAUGCAGAAAGGAACCCAGAAGGAACCUGGGAACCUGAAGGAGUAUUCUCCCUGGCUGAGUGCUUUCCAGGCAGACGCGUUCAGGAACGAGCUGGAGAUCCCUGGUCAGUAUGACGGCAGAGCCAAACCUUUGCCGGAAUAUCACACCAAAAUAACUGGCUUUGACGAGAGGGUAAAGGUGAUGUUAUCCAUUCGCCGUCCUAAACGUCUGAUCAUCCGUGGAGAUGACGAGCGCGACCACCCUUUCCUGGUAAAGGGCGGCGAGGACCUUCGUCAGGACCAGCGCAUUGAACAGCUUUUUGCCGUCAUGAACCUUUUGCUGAGUCGUGACGCCGCCUGCGCUCGCCGAGGUUUGCAGCUCAGAACCUACCAAGUCAUCCCCAUAAACACAAGAAUUGGUCUCAUUGAAUGGAUGGAGAACACUUGCACCUUAAAAGACUUUCUUUCAGCCACCAUGACUGAGGACGAGUCCCUCAAGGCAGCCAGGUCUGUUGAUGUCUACAACAAGUGGCUGUCGACUUUUAAACCAUCAAAACCAGACGCACACAUCAUAAAAAGUUAUCUUCUCACCUACACGAAAGCAGAGCGUUCUGACACUAUCCGUAACUUUUCCAACGUGUUGCAAUAUGUUCCCGGUGAUCUCCUGAAGAGAGCUUUUCUAAAGAUGUGCAACAGUCCAGAAGCUUUUCUUUCCUUGCGCUCACACUUCAUCAGCUCUCACGCUUUGCUGUGUGUCAGCCAUUGGGUGCUCGGUAUCGGCGACCGCCAUCUUUCCAACUUCAUGAUCAACACGGAAACAGGAGGCAUGAUUGGCAUUGACUUUGGUCAUGCAUUCGGUUCAGCCACACAGUUUCUUGAAGUCCCAGAGCUGAUGCCUUUCCGGCUGACCAGGCAGUUUUUGAACGUGAUGCAACCUUUGAAGGAGUCCGGUUUGAUCCGCAGGAUCAUGGUUCAUUUACUACGAGCGUUCAGGAAUCAACCAGACUUGCUGCUCAACACCAUGGAUGUUUUUGUAAAGGAACCUUUGCUGGACUGGAAGAACUUUGAAAUGAAGCAGUUGAAGAAAGGAGGCACCUGGACAAGCAUGGUGGACACCAAACAAAUCAACUGGUAUCCUUUGCAGAAGGUGGACUUUGCCAAACAGAAGCUAGAAGGUGCAAAUCCUGCCAGAAUAACCAGCGAGGAACUGAAGUUGGGCUUUGAAAAAGAUCCCGCCUUCCAGGGCCUGCAGUCGGUUGCACUGGGAACAGCAGAGCAUAACAUUCGUGCGAGGCUGCCACCAGCUGGUCUUUCUGUGGAAGAACAGGUUGACUGUCUUCUGGACCAGGCCACAGACCACAACAUUCUAGGGAGGGUUUGGGCGGGCUGGGAACCUUGGAUGUGACCCACUUGGAUCAAAAUCUUUUUUUAAUUAACACCACAUCAAAGCAGUCACUUUUCAAGGGGCUCAGUGCUAAAUGUUCUAAAAUGUUGUAUUUGAAUGGAAAUGUAUCAAUAAAUCAAUAAAUGCAUGAUA